AUGAGUGGAUUUGAAUUUGAGCACCCACGAGCAGGAAGAGCCAACAGAGUCAGUGCUAGUUCAGGAUACGUUGAUCAGGCGAAUAGAUCCUCUGAGACUAAGAGAGGCGAUACUUUUGUCAAGAAGCAAAGACUUUUAGAAGAGUUUGGCGCUUCUGAAGGAUUUCAAGCCCAAGACAUGCUCUCCAAGGAACAAGUCAAGAGCAUUUUAGAUGACCAGCUUAGAAAGCAUGGAAAAUCAUUUGAUGAAGAGCUAAUUGAUGCAAUUUUCUCAGAUAAAACAAGUAUUUCUCGAGAUAUCUAUGGAAGAAUCUCCAAGAGGGACCUCUGUGACGCCUACAUUGAAAUUGAGUCCUAUUUUGGAGAGAACAUUGGCAAAUGAAAUUACAAAAUUAAUGAAUUAAAGAAGAUCAAAUCUGAGUACGAAGCACAGCUCAGAGAGACUUCCAAGAUUGAAGUUGCAAAUCAAUAUGGCAUUAUGGAGAAUAGUGUUCUUACUAUCACCAUACUUGAAGCUAAAUAUAUAAAGCUGUCUGAUUAUGACUCCCAAGGUGAUCUCUACGCAACUGUUGAAUGUGGUGAUCAGGUUUUCAAGACUCAGCAUAAAGAAGGAAUGCAAGCCCCAAUCUGGGAAGAGACUGUCACUUUUAAGAUUUCUACAGGCAAAGAAGAAAUCAGAGUAUCAGUGAUGGACAGGAGUAUAAUGAAACAGGACUCUGUGGUUGGAGUCCUGUAUAUUCCUAUUACCACUCUGUCAGACCAACAAGAGAUUGAAGACUGGUUCAACCUUGAAGAUCCUCAUGGAGGAUAUGGAGAAUCACAUGGAAGGAUUAGACUCAAGUUAUGGUGGGUUUACAGCAAAACAAAGCUGAUAGAAGACAGAAUCAUUCAAACUGACGAGGAUAUUGAAAAAAUCUUCAAUGAUAAAAAUUACUAUGCAGAUAAAGUUGCUAAACUAAGAGAGCCUUUCCCAUGGAUUGAUAAUACUUUACAGAACCAAAGUAGCCAUUCCAUCACUAGAGUGCCUCCAGCUAAUGACUAUAGUUUAACAAGCUACAAAAGCGAGGAGACUGAGGAUGAGGAGAUGAAGACAAACCCGAUAGUAAAGGUAGUUAACACAGUGUUUCCAGCAGAAAGAACUGUUGCAAGAGGUGUAGACAACACUUUUGAUAACUUCUCACAAGGAGUGCUUGGUCUGAGAUCAACACCAUGGUUUAGAAUGAUGCAGUGGUCAGCUAUUAUUUACAACCUACUAACUCUUUGUUCAUGCUUCUUAAGGUCAGAUUUUGUAAACCUUUCUACUUGAGUACUGAUCUGUUUCAGUAUUGCAAAGAUUGAAACCUCGAAAAGAUGGCAAUUCAGAUUGAUUGUUUAUUGUCUCUUAGCUUCUUGGGUAAUCGACCUUAUAUGGAUAAUCAUGCACACCUCGCCGUGGUGGAGAAGAGUCAGAUACGAUGGGGAUGUUGAACUUGGCAUGAGAAGAUUCGUGGUAAUAAUAUCUUUCCUCUCGUUUCUGUUCAGGAUCUUUGUGCUGCUGAUCUUCUGGAAGUUCUCUCUAUUCCACCGUAAAAGAAUGUCAAUUUAACAACUAUAAUUUGCA